ACCCGGCGCACUUCAUCCAGCAUAUAUCAUUUUACUCUUUCUCCCUCUACAACUUCAACCACAUAGGAAUUGUAUCCUUGCCAUACUCACAACGCGCAGCUAUGGUUUUCGGCUUAUUCUCGCGCAAUAAAUCGAGUGUUGAUCUGACGAAGAAGACAACCCAAGAGGACACCACCGUCCAAUUACGGACCCCUUCUCCCUCUGUGUUGUCGGGAUCUUCGCCGCGUAAUGACCAGUCGCGAGGCCCUCCCGCUACCCCUUCUCCUGCCCCAGACCUUGCGGAUCCCGACGUCUUGCACGCUUUAAUUGAAUCUAUUCCUCCGAAGGCGUUGCAUGCAUACGUGCUUGCGCGCAUCAGCCACGCUUCCCCUCAACACGUUGGUCCUCUUGCGCAGUUUUUCUCGGCACUCGAGCCGCCCCCAACGUUGCACUGUGUCCGUUGCCACAAAGGCUAUUUUGAGGUCGAAAAUAAUGAUCGGAGUUGCUUGAUCGGGCACGACGACGAAAGCGCUGAGGUGGAGAGGGUUGGUGGCGGAUAUGAAACACUCUUCGGCUGUUGCGGGAAAACUGUCGAAGGGGAAGGCGAUAUGGGUCCUCCUGAUGGAUGGUGCUAUGAGGGCAUGCAUACCACGGACAACAAGCGUGCGCGCUUCCGUGCAGACUCAACCGUACACGAGGACAAACUAGUGUCCUGUACGCGGUUGCGGUGCCAUGAUCCUCGUCCGAGAAAACGUCUCCGCACUCGCGAUAACGAAGACUCAGACGAGGACAGCGACGACGACGGUGCAAGUCAUAGUAGCGUCCGCACAAGGCAAUCCAAGCGCGCAAAGAUUGGGACAGCCCUUUUUGAUGAUGAAGAUGUCGACAUGGAGCAGCCAUCUCCCAAGCCCAGCAGCUCGCGAGGCCGGACUUCGCGAGCGAAGUCCCCGCUGAAGAGCGCAUCGGGACGCUCGAAGCCAGCCAAGACCAAGUCAGCUCUCAGGACGCGAUCCGUCUCCCGUGCACGAUCUGAAGUGUCUAUUUCGAGUUCCCCCGCCAAGCGCAAGCCGGCCAGCAGUCGAUUUGUUGCCGGCCCGUCAUCUACGUUGGUCACCGAGGCCUCAUUCUCCUCGACAACAUCAGUGAUGGCUGUUGGAGGCAACUCGCAGGAACAAACUCAGACCAGCAGUCAACUCACGGAGGUGGUCGCUGUCAGUGCUCUGAAGAGCAAGAAGUCGGGGAUGCAGUCUAAGAAGACUGUCACUGUCGCCAAAGAAGUGAAGAGCACAUCGUCCACGGCAAAAAGAAAGCCAAGAACGAAGAAACUGGACGAGGUCGUCGAGUCCAGUAUCCCGGGCGAGACAGAAUGAGAGAGCUCCUCGACCACUGCGAAUGGACGCAGUUUCUUUUUCUUCUAUGUUAACCACUAGCUAUCUGCUAUCUAUCGGUCUAUCGUACUGUAUCAUCUAACGAGCAGCCAAGCCGCUGCUCUGCCACUCUCUUCCAAUUUCCCUCUCUUUGUGCAAUGCUCGAUCUGCUUGCUCGCCCUCGCAUUUGUACUUCGUAUUGCACUCGCACACCGUCCUUUACUUAUAUCCCAUGAAAUCUUGUCUAUAUUGUUGUCUCUGUAAUAGGUGUGACUGUCUUCAUUGUAUGAGACAUUGAAAUCGGCGGACUCAACAAUCAGAGAUGUUGUGACC